AUGAGUCUUGAGCCAAUUUUUUCAACUUCAUACUAUGACAACAAAGGAACGUUUGCUGAGAAGUUGCAGAAAGAUACGUAUUUUUAUACAAGAAAGCUUGAGCAUAAUAGAAAGCAAUCUGAUAUUUUAAACCAAGAACUUGGAGAGGCACAGAAUAAAAUUUCAAUGCAUAAAGCCAAUCAACUUUCAAUGAGCGACUCUAAAUCAAAAAUGAAUUCAUUGAUAAAUAGAGCAGCCUGACUUGAAAAUCAGCUUGCAUAUGAGCAGAGUAAGUUAAAUAAAACUAUACUUGAAAACAAGUUGAUAAAAGAAAAAAUAGAGGCAUUAAGAAAGGAAAAACAACAUAUUAGAAAAAUUUCACAUAGCUCAAGCCAAGAGCUUGAAAGGAUGAGAUCGACUACUGAAGUAAUGAAAAUUAGGAAUUUAUAUUGCAAGUCUGAAACUGAAAACGUUUGUGGACAAAUUGAGUCCUCUAGAGAAAAUUUUAUGAGAUCAAAAUCUAGCAUGAGGUCACAAAUUUUGAAUCUUGAAAGCUAUGCUGCUGGCAAAUCACUUGAUGCUUCCCCAGCAAAGCCAGAGAUGAAGAGACCGAAAACUCCAAUGGAGCUCUAUAGCUUGCAUAAACAUUUGGCUGAAAAAUUUGGAGAACUUGGAAGAGGAAAAUAUAAUGAAAUUGAUAAUUUCAAGAAAAAUAAAAAGACGCUAAUUACAGCCUUUAAUGAGAUGCGGGGACAAGAUUUUUCAUGGAAUGAAGUUGUUAAAAUUUAUUUGACCUAUAUUAACCAGUACAACUCUCUAUGCAAAACAUUAGGGGAUUUAUCCGAGUCAAUUGACAAGGUAUCAGACGAAAUUAAAAGCACAAAGCAAGAAAUUCUUUCUCAAAAAUCAACUGCAGGUGAAGAAAUCGCUCUGUAUAAAUUGAAAUGUGAAGACUCCAAAAUAAAAAUUGCAAGCAUCGAAGAAGAAAUAGCAGUCAAGAAUGAGAAAACUGAAAAAUUGAAAAGCAAGUUCUCCUCGAUUCUUUUUCCUUUAUCUGCAAUAAGCAGGUGAUAUAAUAGUUUAAAAAAAGCGAAUCCCUUGCACAAUGAACCGAAUAAUGUAGAGAUGAUAUUUGAGUAUGCAAAAGAAGCUGAUAAUUUAAUCGGAAUUUUGGAAUUUUUAAAAAUUAUUAAACCGAAGACUGACUCCCCACUCUUUAAAUUGGAAAAAAAUAACUGUACCAAUUUAAAAAGGGCGAAUAACUUUUUGCAAAAAUUUAUAAAAUCUUUAAAAAUUUAAACACCAAUUUUUUAAAUUAAUUUAUUUAUUAAGAAUUAAUUCAAAAAAUUAAUAGAUUCAGUGCGAAAACUGCUUAAAAAAUAUUUUAAUUGCACUUUCCAUCUAAUCAGGUCUAAAUUUAUUUUUAUUAAAAUUAUUAAAAAAAAUUAUUCCAAUUCAAAGGGGCUAAAGUACCCAAAAAUGGAAAAUUUUACAGAUAUUUUGUCCAAAUUAAAAGGGUGAGUGAGCAAAAUAAAGAAGCGAAUAAAAGUACGACGAGGAGAACAUUUAAAGUAGGUGAGAUUGAAGGUAGUAACAAUGGAGAUGAAGAAAGACCACUAUCUUUGAAAAGGUUUAGAGCAGUUGCAAAAGAAAUUGCUUUUAAAACUAAUUAA